CAACUCCAAGUCGUUCGUUCGAUCGAUCGAGUUGGGUUGGAUUCGACGACGAGUAGGUGCCAAUCGUUCGUCUCUCCCGAUGCGUAUGAUCUGUAUUUAAUUCGGGUCGUGUGGAAUUACCUUGGUGAUCGGUGUUGGUUCGGCGAAGCGAUCGCGGGGAAGGGAGGAGUUGUUGAUUCGAUCGCCGCGCCGCCGAGUCUUAGGUCGAAUUCGCUCGUUUCUACGGAAGAUUUCCCACCUUUGGGGUUUUCCGAUUCGGUAGAUCUUUGCUGGGAUUCGGUUUAGGGGUGCUUUCGUGCUGUAAUCUUGACCUUGUUCUUCAUUUUUUCCCCAUUGUUCUGCGUAGAACUCCAGCUUUCCCCUUUUACGAUUGUUAGUGUUUCAUGCUUGGUUGUUUCGUGGUGAUUCGGCUAUUAGAUUUGGGUUCAUUGGGGAGUUGAGUUGAGUAAUCAGCAUCGAAGGUAGCAUGAGUACUGUCAGCGGCACAAGGCGUGCCCCGAGGAGGCAGUCGCAAGAUGUGUUUGCAGAUAAAGUUGUUGUGAACUUGGAAGCAACCUCCCCAGUGGUGGCGAGCCGUCAUGGAGUACCAACAGUUGCUGGCGCACGCACAUCGCCUAUCGAUGUGGAAGCUAUCGAUGAUGAAGUGCAGGCAGUAUCGCCCUCACGAGUGCCCCCUCCAAGGAGGAACCGGAGAACUAGGCAGGCACCUGUUACAGUGGUUGACCUGGAGGCAGAUACUAGCUGGGAAGGGAACAAACGUCAGAGGGUAGUACAUUUCGUCUCUCCAGAAAGUGGUGAAGGCUCCAGCUUGCAGUCAAGCAAUGCAGCGCAAACUAGCAAAGAGCCUGCUCCCAAGGAACCAAUUUUUACCUGCCCUGUAUGCUUGAACAAGCUGGAGGAACCCUCCACCACGAUUUGUGGCCAUAUCUUCUGUGCGGAGUGCAUCAAGCUAGCCAUCAAGGUUCAGAAGAAAUGUCCAACUUGCAGGAGGAGCCUGAGAGCGAACAAUUUCCACCGUAUUUACCUUCCGAACUCUGCUAGUUAAGGUCGAUUGGCUGCGUCAAUGGAACUUCUGGUUCCAUAAGGCUGGGCAAUGUAUAGUGAGGAUCAGAAGUUUCUCUCAGGGUGAACGAUUAUAUCUCACCCUUAUCUGUACUAUGCAACUGCAACACCAGGAGCUCAUCAGCCGAUUACGACGGCUAAGAUGGCCUCCACCACCGAUAGGGAUUAUAUUUGAGUCUCCUGUUGCCUCUGUCAGCUUCAGAAUUUUAUCGUGUGUUCUUGUAUGUAUCAGACUAUUGGCCAUAAUUGAUUAGUGUACCUGAGAUUUGCUUCAAGUUGAAAUGGUAUUAACUAGCUGCAAAAA